CGAGAUGCCCCGUCAGAUGGGGUUAUACAAUUUUUCGGCAGCCCCCGGUAUGUUUCGUAUGUCCGUGGUAUAAAAUCCGUUGACAGCCUGGGACCGACUAUCAGUGUGACUAGAUUCGUGAGACGCGCAGCACACACGUGGCAAUGAAGGUUUUUGUAGUACUUUUCGCCCUCGUGGCAUGCUCCUCGGCGACGUUUGAUUCACUCUUCGGCGGAAAGGGCGGAAAGGAAGGCGGCGGCCUGGGUGGACUGUUUGAUCUGGAAGGACUCCUCGGAGGGUUACUUGGCGAAGGAGGUGGCGGCAAGGGCGUACGAUCCUCGUAUGGUCCUCCGCCAAGACCCGUGUACGGACCACCUCCGCCACGUCCUGUCUACGGACCUCCACCACCACGACCAGUCUAUGGACCUCCGCCACCACGUCCAGUCUACGGACCGCCCCCUGUAGCCCCGCCCCGUCCAGUUUACGGACCGCCAGCCCCGGCUCCAGUUCCAGCAUUUAAAGUUCCUCCAUCCGAUCGUUUUCCAGUGUUACCCCCGCGACCGGUUAACCGACCACGAUCGCCACCUCGACCAGUGUAUGGACCUCCUCCAGUACACCAUGCUCCUGCUCCGGUUCCAGCUCCAGUGUAUGGUCCACCUGCUCACCAUCCACCAGCUCCUUCUCACGCCUAUGGACCUCCUAACUACUCUCCACCAGCUCCUGUGUUCCAUCCUGCCCCGGCCCCAGCUCCCGCUCCAGUCUUCCACCAGCCAGCUCCAGUCUACGGACCACCGCAACAUGCUCCAGCUCCCGUAUACUCACCACCACAGCCAGUCUUCCACCAGCCGCCUCCAGUCUACGCCCCACCUCAACCUGCACCUUCUCCAACUUACGGAGUCCCGUCAGCUCCCGCUGCUCCCCAGGUGAUCACCAUUGUUCAACCCCCCCGGACUGAAUACCUGCCCCCAGAGCAGAUCCAGCAGCUUCCGCUCCAGGACACGAACAUCAACUUCAGCGGCGUGAGCUCCAGUGCGGUUGCGUCCGGAAGUAUCACGGCCAGCGGUGAUUCCGGCUACCACUACGGCAUUGGACACGGAUCUGGUCAUUGAUCCUAGAUCUAAGUCCAGCGGAGCAAAAGACAAACCCGAGAGCUAUCUCGCUCUCUCUCAUUUUAGCGGAGAGAGCGAGAGCGGAUUACAGUGGCGCACAUACACACACAAGAAAUUAAGACACACUUAGCUAGGAUUGUGCAAUACCAAAAAAGGUUAAUUUCAACAUAUUUUACGUUAAGAAGCCGAGUACCUUUCUCCGUUAACACCCGGCAUUCAAUUAACUUGACCGGAGCCCAGCGAACUAAUAAUGAUUUCUGUCGGACUUUUCGAUAAACCAUCGAAAAGUCUCCUCCCUAGUCACUUAUUCCGGCCCAUAACCUCAGCGUUUUUCGCUGAUUUUCAUUUUAGAGUGUAGAGUACACACAAAAUCACAAACACCCGACGCCAGCAAUUAGUGACUAUACUCAGAAAGGUAACUUUAGUUCAAAACAAAUUCGAUUAGCUUUAAACAAAAGAAGAAAAAACUCGUAAACUGAAACGCCGAAAAUGAAUCAAACCUUCGGAGGAGCAUCCACCGCGAGAUAGGAAAUGUACUACAAAAAAAAAAAGAAUCUCGUAUAAACCUACGAAACACCCGAUUUGCUCAAUUUGCGUGCGCAUCAGAAACCGUUCCUCUUCCUCGUGGUUGAGAAAUGGUUUUGGCCCGUAAUUAAUGAUAAAUAGCUCACGAGUAUCACACCGACAAGCGGAGCAAAAACACAUACCCACUAAAACUGCUAUAAAUUAAUUUAUGUAAUUGUAAAUUAAUCUUAGGACGCGCGUCGUAAAUUGUCGAUCAGAAAAGUUUUAAGUUUUUGUAUCACCUUGUUUAGCGUAAGCAGUGGCGUUGCCGCCAUCAGAAUACAAGAAAUCAUAUGCAACAGAACGCGAAGAGAAAGACAGAGAGAGAAAAAUGAAGGUUCUCUUCCGUUUUUGGGAGAAAACAUUGACCCAAUGCCAUAUUUAAGAUUGAAAGAACAAGAAAAAAAAAUGGGACGACAAAAAGAACAGUAAAAAGUGAGGGCACGAAACACGUGCAAUGUACAGAAGAACAAAAUUGAUUAAAUGAGAAAUUUUUAAUAAAAUAUACGAAAAA